AUAAGAUAAAGACACGCGUACACGCUGAAACGUGCAGACGUGCAACCGACCAACAAACAGCUGUUUCAGCUUCAGUGUCACUUCAAUUCAGUUUCUCUCUCGUCUUCAAUAUUUCAACCGAAUCCAAUUCUCAAAGAAAAAAAAUCGCCAGUUAAGAGAGAAAAAAAAGUUGAAAUCUUUUUUGAGCAAUGGAAGGAUCAGUUUUUACUCCAUCAUUGGAAGGAAUGAAGCAUAUCAAAUCUCCAGAAGGGGAAAUGCUUACCAAGCCUUUUUUGGAUGUCUGCAAGUUGAUUUUGCCAGUCCUAGAUAAGUUCGGAUCUGCUAUGAGCCUUGUGAAGAGUGAUGUUGGUGGUAACAUAUCGAGGUUGGAAAAGAAAUACGAAACUGAUCCCGCUAAAUACAAUCACUUGUACAGUAUGGUGAAAGAAGAGGUUGAUUGUAAAACAGCAACAGAUUCAUCUAGUUGUACCAAUGGUCUUCUCUGGUUGACACGAGCAAUGGAUUUCCUCGUAGAAUUGUUCCGCAACUUACUUGCACAUCCAGAUUGGACUAUGACCGAAUCUUGUACAGACUCCUAUGGCAAAACCCUGAAAAGGUUCCAUGGCUGGAUUGCUAGUUCCGCUUUCACGGUUGCAUUGAAGUUGGCUCCAGAUAGGAAGAAGUUCAUGGAAGUGAUAGCUGGCACCGGAGAUGUUAAUGCUGACAUGGAGAAAUUUUGUUCGACUUUCCCCCCAUUUCUUGAGGAGAAUCACAAAUAUCUGGCCAAGUUUGGCUUGGAUGAUAUGAAGGCAUGAUGGAAUAAGUUUAAUGAGUAGAGGAGAGACUACCUACCUAUAUUUACUCCCGUGUUCGAACUUCCAGUAUCUUGCUUCCGGCUUAAACCUUCGUAUUUACUUGAAAUAAUUAAUGACUUUUAAACACAUACUCUUGAAUGCUUAGUUUUUAGUAAUUUUUGGUUAAAUGUCUUGACCCUUGAAUUAAUGUUCAGUUCUUCUCCCUGGUUAAUUUUA